AAAGAAAAAUAACUCAAUAUAGCCAUCGAUAAGAACAUCGAUAAGUCUUGACCAUGUUCUCUAAUUUUUAAACUUCACGAAAAGCGGAGGAACAAAAACUAGACCAGCUUAUCAGGCAAAUAGCCCAACCGUUGAGGAUGAUUUUAAUUUCCGUCUUCUAGAAAACCGGCGCCUCUCUUUUGAAAUUAAGCUGACAGUUUCGAUCUUUAAUUCGUGAAUAAUGUAAUGAAAAAUGGUUAAUUUGGGGGAACCAUUAAGUUCACUGACAAACUUGGAAUCGAAAACAUAAGAGCUGUUAUAUUUCACGCUUGACGAAGGGAAAGAAUUUUGAUGAAAACCCACUCCGCUGGAAAUAAAGAAGUUACUGCAGUGAGCGAUCGUAACAACAUUCUAAGCUGCCCAGGCCAAAAUUACCAUAUCUAUUAUCGACUCAAAGUAAUUACAGGCACCAUCUUUCAACAAACUUUUAAUUAUACUACACAGAAAACAGUGUUGAACGGUACUCAGCAAUUUUUCAACCGAUGACUUGCUAAGGAGGAUUUCCAACGCCUAUACUCUAAUGUAAAACAGAUCUCAAUGAACAAUAGCACAGCAUAGAACUUGAGAAAAGAAGUCUUGCGGCCAAACCACAAGCAAAACAGAUGGCCGAAGCGAAUGAAUCAGGUCCCAGUGCGAUCAAUGUGUGGCCUGAACCUUUCCCAGAAUGGACCGAAGCCAUCGAAAAAUGGGGCUGGAUGUGGGCUGCCCAUAUCUACGGCUUUGGAAGCCUGUUUGCCCUUUUGACGUUGUAUGCAUUUUCCUCUCUCUAUCGGUUUCGCAAAGCCAUUUUCGCGAGACAGAAGGUCCAUUUAAGGGUCAUGUGCUUUACUUUAAUGGCAGCCGGGUUCGGGCGAUCUCUGGUGCUCUUCUGGGACCCUUACACCUCAAGUGAAUCUACAUCAGCGAUUCAAAACCUAGUUGUUUUGACUUCUUGGGGAAUCGCUACAGCGUGUAUGACCUCGGCUUUCAGUAUAAUGCUUUUAAUUUUCUUGGAAACCACCAAAACCAGGCUGGGACCACCGAAACUCCGAAACGUUCCUGUCUUAGUUUCGAUCACGUUUUCGAAUAUUGUUUACCUGACCGUGUCGGAUCUCAUUGUGUGGUUUUAUCCCAAAGCUAAAGUCAUGAUCUUUAUUUGCCACGUUACUUUCGCCAUCUGGGGUCUAGCUAUUUCUGGCGGUUGUUUCGUUGCAGGCUUUAAAAUGUGGCGAAAUCUCAGAUCCACUCUGCAAACUCACACCUCAAUGGAUCAAUGCUCCCUUCGAGAUGUGAAAAAACUAAAGCGACUGUUUGUUUUCAUGAGUACGGCGUCAAUCUUCGGUGUGUUUAUAUUUUCCGUGUCUUUAUACACAACCAUUGGAGAGUUUGGAGUUUUCAGCGGUAAGAGCUACGCUAAAAGCUGGCCAUGGUUCGCCAUGCAAACAACUAUGAGAAUGAUGGAGCUUUUAUUGAGCACUUUGAUUUUUCUCAUCGCGGUCGACAAUCCAAGAAAUUGCAAUCAAACUCUCCCUUCAUUGCCGUCGAGGUUCACUACUGUGCAAAAUACAUUUGAACCAGUUGAAUAUCAAAUGGAAGCGCUGCAAAAUUAAUUUUAUUCGUUCAAACGCAGCAAGAUUGAUAUCACACAUCAUAAAAAUUGAAUAAACACCCCAGCGUUCAGUUAGAGAUUGUGACUUGAAUUUGAACUCGAUUAGGAAGAAGGCCUUUGUCGUGAGACAGGUGUUGUGUUAUCAACUGACCGCAAUUGCUCAUAGAACAUUUUAUUACAAGCGAGAUUAAAUUUUUGUUAUAAGGUAUAAGUCAAAGGAAAUAAACCUCAACGGAAUAUUAAGACUUAUAUACUGAAUAAUGUUUUUCACUCAGUAUUGCGAGAAGCUGUUAGAAGCUCGUUAAAUAUUACAUCGACGAAAAUCAGUGUAGAUUGGUUUCAGCGUUUAUUUCAUUUUUUUUUUCUCUUUGUAAUUCUUAUUACAGAUCUGACAAUGUGUUGUAGAAGGCCAUCAUUUCCACUUUUUUUUUUUAACAAUGGCCAUCAUUUCCGGCCGGACAAACUCGAUUUUUCUUAGAUAGAAAGACUUCAAAUCGUAGCUUAAAACAACGUAUGUACCGGACUUUUCCGAUAAGUUGGUCCAUUAUUUCAGUUUAAACUAUGUUUUUUGACUCAUUUUUUGGGUCUUCAUACUCAGUGCUAGACGUUUCACUUAACUAAAGAAUUUCCGCCCGAUGAUUUCGAUUUAAUUUUGUCUAAUGUAAAUCACUGGCUGGAGAGUUGACAAAUCAAAAUGCGGCCGAAUCAAUCCUACUGGCAUUGUCAUUAAAACGAAAGGCUUACGAUAAUUAAAACUAUGUGAUCUACCAAUCAGGGCAGAGGGUAAAAUAGGCUGGAUUUCCGCCGCUCUGUCGUACACGCGUACGGUCUACGUUCCUCCCCGAGAAGAGACUUCGGGAAGUGACUUCGGGAACAGCGGCUGGUAAUCGAGCCUAAGAAAACUCAGAGGAUUGAAAGUGAAGGAAGAUGCAUAAGUGAAAGAGGAACGUCACUUCGCCCAUGUUUUCGGUUUAAAAUAUUUUAAAAGACUUCUGCCUGGAAAGGAUGGGACAGUAAAUUUUCUUUUCUUUUCGUUUUAAGGUCAU